AUGUCAGAGGCACAUCGAGAUGAACAGCCUUCUAAGCGAACCAAUCAUCGCGCCUGUGAUGCUUGUCGGAAGAUGAAGAUCAAAUGUAUCUUGUCUGGUUCUGCACCAUGCGCCAGCUGCAAAAAUUCCUCUCGUCCUUGUACCUUUGACUACACCGGCGUGAAGCGCGAAAGGCCUCCUAGCAAGCAUGAUCUUGAACAACUCAAUGCAAGGAUCAGAGUAUUGGAAUACGCUCUUCACAAACUAGCUCCUGAUAUCGAUUUAAGUUCGCUACCACGUACCGCCGAUCAAGCUCGUACCAUGGUCAACUCAAGCCGGUUUAACAAACCCGAGAUGAACGUGAAAUGCAGCCCGAAGGAGCCUAUCCAAUCUCAAUCUAUACUCGACUGUUUAACCAGUAUGGAAGAGAUGGUACAAUCCAUGGCUCAACUCCAAUUACCUGCUGGGUCUUAUCUUGAUCAGAUUGGGUCCAAAGGCAGCUCGUUGCCCGAGGGCUGGGAAGCCAUCGACGAUCCUGGUGAACCUAAUCAUGCAAAUCUCAUUUCCAAUCCGGAGCGCCCAAUCAGCGAGCGCUGGGUGGAAUGUUUGCACUUUCGUAACUUGGCAGAUGAACAAUACUACCCACCGCCUGAUCUUGCUGAAUCGCUCAUUGAGCUUUAUUUUCAAAAGAUCCAUCCUCAUGAAUACAUCCUACACCGGGGAGAAUUCAUGCGGCACUAUAAGAGUGGGCGAGCUCAGCUGGAUUGCUCUUUUCGAGCGCUCUGUUAUGCUAUCUUCGCUUCUGCGUCGCGUUUUUCAUCCGACUUCCGAGUAGCGCCUCCCAAGGAAGGAGCUCUUGUUGAUCGACAAGCAGCUGGAGCACUUUAUGGCGCGGCUGUCAUUCCCCUCAUAACUCCCUUGACUUUACCCUCUCUCGGUGAAGGCGUCCACACCGCAGGUACCCCGCGAUGGGAGACUGCAUUUUUGAAAGAUCAACUCCGCAAACGUGCUUUCUGGUGUCUUUUCUUCCGCGAGGCACAACUUUCUGUAGCGCUUGGUCGACUCUCUACCAUGAGAAACUCUAGCGUGACUAUCAGUAUGUCUUCGAGUCCUUUACGUUUGGGAUGGCUUUCUUUUGAUCAGUGA